UACUAUACGUCUCCAAAAGUAGAUUAAUUGCUUCUAUCUUUAUAUUUGUUUUUCUUCUAAAUUUUUUUUUCUUUGUCAAUCAUUUUUGGAAAAUGUAUUUUUUUAAUUUUAGAUAAGAAUCCGUAGUGUUAUUUCUAAUAAAUAUAGUACAUUAUAUACUAUUUUAAUAAUUUAAAGAAUUUUAUACCAUUUUACCAAAUGUAUCUGGUAAAAUAUGUUUUAUUCAAAUGAUAAAUAGUUAUAAAGACAUAAAAAAGAAUGUCAAUUCCACCCUUAAUUCCAGCUUCUCCCCCUCCUAUUACUAAAUUAGACUGGGAUGAAGAUGAAGAUGACUACCCCCAUUUGGCCAUGGAAAUUCCAUCGGAAUCUAGUUUAAGUCCAGUUGAUGGCAGGUGGAUUCCAGAUUUACCUUUUGAUACUGAAUCAAGUGGAAAAUUGGUUGACAAUAGUAAAAAUUUUGAGACUAAUGUACCAGCUGGCAAUCUGAUGAAUGAUAAUUAUCUCGAUACAUCAAAUUUUACAAAUCAUAGGCCAAGUUUAAACCAAACUGAAGCUAGUGAUACAAAUAUUAAUGGAAAUAUUUCUUUAAAAGUGAAUGAAGUCUUAACAAAUGAGCAAUCUAAAAAAACAAAAUCUGAAAAUUUAAAAUUUCUUUUGGAUAAUAGUGAAACUUUUUCUUUAAAGGAUCUUUCUAGUACAGAAACUUCAUACAAUGAUAUCAAUAAUGAUAAAUCUGUUCAAAUGGUCAUACAUAUAGAAAAUCAAGAAGAAAAAUAUAGUAAGUUCAAAUUAAAUUCUGAAGUUGCAUCACAAAAUUGUAAAAUCAACAAAUCAAUUGUUAAUAAUCAUUCAGAAGAUGAACAUACUCAGCUGAAUAAUAGUAUACAACAUGGAAAUAUAGAAAAAAUAGAUUUAAAUUCUUGUAAAAUUUCUUCUGACAACAAGCCUGAAUCAAAUAAUGCUAAAUGUUGUAAUAUAAACAGUGGUCCUUUAAAUAUUAACAAUUUAUCUUCAACUAAUCAGAAUCUUAAAGAAGUUGAAAGUAAGCCCAAUUUAUAUUUUACUAGUCUAGAAGUAAAAAAUGAUGUCAAUCCCUCUACAACAGAAUUUUCUGAAAAUUACAAAAAUAGUUUAUAUAUGAUUAAAAAUACUAAACAAGCAGAAAAUAUACCAGUUAGUUUAAAUAACUCAAAUCAACAAAGUAGUAAUGAAAGUGUUCUUAUAUUAGAAAAUUAUGAAGAAAACCUAAAAAUCACUGUAAAUGAUGAAGAAAACCUAAAAAUUAAUAUAAAUGAUGAAGAAUUUGAUGAAUUUUGUGAUUUUCAUGCAUGUCCUACCAGUUCAGUUUCAGCUAACUCUAUGUGUUUAAUUAAUGAAAGUAAUAAUGAAUUUAAGGAUUUUGGAAACUGUUAUUCAAAAUCUAAUUAUGAAACUAAGAGUGACAAAAUAAAUGAAUUUAACGCACACAUUUUUAAUGAUGCUGAAAAUGUAGAUGAUUUUUGUGAUUUUGAGUCUAGUAGUACUAUUGUUGAUAAUGACCAUUUAGAUUUAAGUUCAAUUUACAUUAGUACAUUAUUUGAUUACAAUCAAAUAUGCAAAGAUAUUUUUCAUGGAGAUUAUUCAAAAUCGGAAAUAGUUGAUAUACAUAAUUUAGAUAAUGAAAUAAACAAAUCUUAUGUUUGGAAAUGCCUUAAAGAUUUAGAAUCCAGUCCAGCGUUGGAUUAUAAUUGGUCUAAAUCUGAAUCAAAUAAUGUUUUUUUGUCAUCUCUUUCAAUUGAUUCCAGGAAUAUUUUAUAUGGGGCUCUUUGGAAUACAAAAGUUCCUAGAUUUGCUGCAAACAUGUCUAACAAUCCAUUAGAACCAUUAAAAGCUUGUAAUGAUGCAUCUGAUUUUAAAAUACCUUCAUCUAUAUCCACAAGUCCUCAGCAGGAAACUGUACCAGACCCUGAGUUUGAUUGGAAAAGCAGUGGCUUAGUAAAUCCAUUAGACUGUAACCACUCAUCAUUACUUGAUCUUGAACUUCUUGAUAAACUUGCACCAUGCUGUAUAAAUGCUCUGGAACCUCAAAAUAAAAAAGAGCAAGAGGCUAUAAAGUUAAUUAAUGAAGAAAUAAUCAAAAAUGAUAAUCUUGAAGAUGAUUUUGAUAAAUUUUUUAGUGCAUCACCAGAAUGUACAGAAAUAGAUAAUUGUAAAAUAAAUGCUUCAAUAGAAAAUGAAAAUUCAGUUGUCCCAACAGAGUCUAUUCAAGAAAUAGAUUCAGUUGCAUCAACAAUCAGUACACCAAUUGUAUCAAAUGAAGGAUCUAAAUUCAGUUGUUCUGUAGAAAAUUUCAAAAUGUCAUUACAAUCAGGUAUAAGCUUAGAAGCUCAAAAAUUAUUAGAUAAUUUACCAGAUCUUGAAGUACUUCAAAAACCUUACUUAGUUUUUUUAAGAAAAGGUGAAAAUACAAUACCUAGCUAGUAAAUCUAUUGUACAUUAAAGUAAGUACUGAAUGUGAUUUUUUUAUUUCUAAUUUGUUAAAUUCAUUUAACUUUGUGCAAUAAGCAUCUGUCCAAUUUUACUAAAUAAUUAAAUUUUAGGAAUCUAGAUUUUGUCUCAAACUUUUUUUUGUUUAAAUAGUUGUAAUUUAGUUGUCUUGUUAUUCUAGAUUAUACUUGUUUAUUAUUAUUACCAGCUUAACCAAAUUUAUGAAGUACUUAGUAAUUUAGUAUAAAAUACAAUUAGGUAUUUUUUAAAACUUAAAUUGAGUAUCAGGCGUUAAUUAUAUUGAAUGUAAAUUCUGAUUUAUAGUAUUGUUAUCUAAUAACAUAUUGAUUAAAAUAAAAGAAGUAUUCUCCUUACAUUAGUAAAAAUUUUAAUACUCAAAUUGACAAAUUUUAUUGAAAAGUUUUAAAUUUUUAAUGAUUCAAUAAUACAACAGUAAUUAUUUUUGUAAAUAACUAUUAAUUGAUCUUAAUCAUCCUUUUAUUUAAUGUUGAACUUUGGGUUUGAUAAGUGCAUUAGUAAGAAAUUUUUUUAUGAAAAAAUAUAUAUUGCUUUUUUUUGACAGAAUAAUAAUUUGUAGUUAGGUAAAGACGAAUUUAAAUUAUGUGCAUUAUUUUUUUUAAUUCAGAAUUAUAACAUUUAUUUUUGUUAUUUCUCCAAUUUAAUUUGUUUUAAAUCAAAAGUUUUUUAUGCAUAUUAUUAUUAUUAUUAUUACUUUUGAUUAAUUCUUUUAAUUUAUUUAAUUUUAAUAAAACAAAAUUGAAUGAAUUUUUUUUAUUCCCAGAUUGAUGGUUUUAUUAAAGAUUGUUAUUUUUAAAUCUAUAGUAAACAAACUUUUAUUAUUACAAAUAUAAAUGAAUAAUAAAAAAGGAUUAAUAUUCAUUUUAAAUAAAAUAAAACUUAAUCUAAUUCACCUAUUGAUUAAUAUAUUUAAUAUUUUUAUUAAUAUAAUUUAGAUUGAUCUCCGCUCAUAGUUAGUCCUUCACUUGUAAUGUUGUUAUUUGUUUGUGUUAUGUUACCUUAGAAAUUUAAUAAUAUGAUAUAGAGUCAUAUCUUUUUUUUUCAUAUAUUUUUUUUCUAAAUUACUUAAUUAUUAAUAUCAUUAAAAUAUUUAGAAUGCUAGAUAAAAUCUUUGUUUUCUAUCCAUCAUGUAUUAUAAUGUAAUAUUUUAAAAUUAAAAUAUCAUAAUGUAUACUUAAUAAGAAUAAGACAAAUAAUUUUGUAUAAUUAUUGUUACAAUUUUACCUAUUAUUUUUAAGUUUGUUAAAAUGUUAUUCCCAUAUACUUUUACUUCACUUUGAAA